AUGGCCAGUCGUCGCCCUCACGCCCAAUCGCCAGCAGAUACUGUGCCCCCAUCAGGGUCCGAGAAACCGUCGGACUCGGACGUUAGUCCUGCAGUUCCCACACAUGUGAUCUUCAAAUUGCUGGGGUUCACGGCAGCCAUGAUUUCCACCCCUAUUGGCAUGUAUUUCGUGGCUGUAACAUUUGGUGCGAGUACAACCAUCGCGGGUGUUAUCGCGGCCAUUACUGCGAAUGUCGUCCUCUUCGCCUACAUCUACGUCGCGUGGCAGGAGGAUCAAGAAGAGCGGGAAGCCUUGACGAAGAAGAAAGAAAAGAAGGCCCAAUAG